AUGCCGUUUGUCUUCUACCUAUGUGGCAUUUUGGCUGGAAUACCAAAGGCUACUCACAGCGAAGCCAACCUCACCCCCGCUUCGCCGGCGUUACUCUGCCAAGGAGAGUGCAAAGGCUUUUCGGGAGAGCGAGUCGCUGUUCCCCACGCGGCCAGGACUGUGGGGAAACUGUCUAAAAACCUGCCAGGAAGCAAGAACGGCCACAUGCACGGCCUAAGCCCAGAGGGGAGAAAUUUAAUAGAAAAUGUUUACAUAGCUUCGAGAAGCAGGAAGGAGCCCAAAUCCCCCCAGGCCAGCGAGGUCCCUGAGCACAGGCUGCAGGUGAACAGCAUUACUGUUUCUAAGAAACGCAGCUGGCUGCAGCAGAGCACGCACCGACCUCCUCCUCCUCCUCCGGAAGAAGAAAACACCUGUAAGGAAACGCACGGGGCUGUUAUCCCGGUACCCAAAUCUCCCAUCCUGCUGCCUGAACCUGCAGUGCUGCGGGCUCCUUCCACGUCACCGGUGGGGCGGGAGCGCCCCAUGCGAAGCUGCGCUCCUGUCGGUGCCCUGCCAAGCACCGCAAGCCCUGCCGUGCCGAGGAGCGCCGCUUUGGACUUCGGUGAGGAUAAUGAUGCAGAUGAUGAAGGAGAAAUAUGGUACAACCCGAUCCCUGAAGAUGAUGAGCCUGACUUGCUGAGGGUCUGCCCUUUUGCUGUGAAUAGCCCUGUUGCUCUGGGCUCCCCGGUGGUUCGGUACAACCCCACCCCUGGGGGUGACUUGGGAACGGCCACGGGUCCCCACGAGGGUCCCCCACGCUCCAUGGAGAGCGCGGGGGACAGUUGGGUGGCUCAGCCCAGCGAAGCGAGUCAGGCCGAUGCAGUGCAUCCUGGGGAGCACAUGCAGCAGCACCGGCAGAGGUUUGCCUGCAAGGCUCCCAGCGUCUCAGCAGUAGAGGACAAUCCUGCCUUUAAGUGCCCUUCAACAGGGUCUGGAUUUGUAGUUGCACACAAGGCUGAUGUACCCUCAACAGAGGUUUCUCCUCCAAGUCCCAGUCCUCUGAAAAAAAGCGGAUCAAUCAACUGGCCUUUCCCUGAUAGAAUUAAAUCUCCCAGGACUGUGAGGAAGCUUUCCAUGAAAAUGAAAAAGCUGCCAGAGCUGAGCAGGAAACUGAGUGUCAAGGGAACUUCAAGCCAUACUAGUUCAGAUAACCCUCCUUCCCUGCUGAAAGGUACCUGCCGGGAUACAAGCCAUACGGUGUCUUUGCCAUCUGCUGGAAACUCGGCCACAGCUGCCAGCAGGAAUGUGAUAAGUCGUUACCAUCUCGACAGCAGCGUGUCGUCGCAACAUACCUACAAAAAGAAAAACUCGAGGAGCUCCAAAUCCUUCAGCAAAGGUGGUUACCUCAGUGAUGGCGACUCUCCUGAACUUAUAACGAAAUCAGGUAAACAUGGGCAUGAAACCAAGUGUGGGAAAGGAAAGGAGAGCCUUCCAAGUAACAGUGGUAAAACUGAAAUAGAUAUCGAUGCUUUCAGACACUAUAACUUUUCUGAUCAACCCAAGUGCUCUCAGUACAUCUCUGGACUCAUGAGCAUUCACUUUUAUGGUGCUGAAGACUUAAAACCACCAAGAAUAGACUCAAAAGAUGUCUUUUGUGCAAUACAGGUUGACUCAGUAAACAAAGCAAGAACAGCCCUGCUUACGUGUAGGACAACAUUUCUAGAUAUGGACCACACGUUCAACAUAGAAAUUGAAAACGCUCAGCACUUAAAGCUGGUGGUGUUCAGCUGGGAACCCACCCCGCGGAAAAAUCGGGUGUGUUGUCAUGGAACCGUGGCUCUUCCCACUCUCUUCCGAGUGACAAAGACACAUCAGCUGGCUGUCAAACUGGAACCGAGGGGGCUUAUUUACGUCAAGCUGUCGCUCAUGGAGCAGUGGGAGAACUCUCUUGAUGGUCUCGAUGCGGAUCGGGAGCCCGUGAUGUUUGGGGUAGAUGCCCGAAAAGUUGUAGAGAAGGAAAAUGCGGGCUUGAUGGUGCCACUUUUGAUGCAGAAAUGCAUUCUGGAGAUUGAAAAGAGAGGCUGUCAGGUGGUAGGCCUGUAUCGGUUAUGUGGCUCAGCAGCGGUUAAAAAAGAGCUUCGGGAGGCCUUUGAGAGGGACAGCAAGGCCGUUACUCUCUGUGAAAGCCAGUACCCAGAUAUUAAUGUCAUAACAGGCGUCCUAAAGGAUUACCUGCGAGAGCUACCCUCUCCUCUGAUAACCAAGCAGCUCUAUGAAGCAGUGUUGGAUGCCAUGGUGAAAAAUCCUUUGAAAAUGACAGCAAGUGGUUGUGAAAAUGACCCGAGUGACUCUGAGCACACCGCAGCCCUUCUGGAUUGCCUGCCAGAUGUUGAGAAGGCUACCCUGAAGAUGCUGUUGGAUCACCUGAAACUGGUGGCUUCUUACCACGAAGUAAAUAAGAUGACGUGCCAGAAUUUAGCUGUAUGUUUUGGGCCCGUGUUACUGAGCCAGAGGCAGGAGACCACCAACCACAACAACAGAGUCUUCACAGACUCGGAAGAGCUUGCUAGUGCCCUGGACUUCAAAAAACACAUAGAGGUUCUUCACUAUUUACUCCAGCUGUGGCCAGUACAUCACUCGCCUGCCAAAGAACCAGCACAUCUGAAUGCAUUUCCCGAGCACCCAUCCUCCCUGAAUUACCUGAGACCCAAGAGGCAGAGACCUCAGAUGCUGAAUCUGAGCGGUACCGAGAUGUCUGGGGUACUCAGACCGAGGCCAGCAGGUCUAGACAGCCCGUCGAGCAACCGCUACGCUGGAGACUGGAGUAGUUGUGGGGAGAACUACUUCUUAAACCCAAAAGACUGCCUGAGUGAAGCAGACUACGAUGACGUCCCUUCGGAAGACACAGAGAGCGGGGACGACAGCAGCAAAGCCGAGGAGUCGGAUGCCCCGGUAAGACACCCGCAGCCCAUCCCCAGAGAGCACACGUUUCAGAGCUAUUUGACAAUGCAAGCAAUAGACUCCGCGGUGGAUCACAGAGCAAACCUCAAAGACCUGCAGGAAAGUAUUGAUACUCUGAUAGGAAACCUGGAAAGGGAACUCAACAAAAACAAGCUAAAUAUGAGUUAUUAAAUCUUGUCCUGCAUGACGCCUCCUCCUAGUGCCUCCGUGCCCCGCACCGGGCUUCCCACAGUCAUGUGAGGAGUGAUGGUGCCCUUGAAUGCCUUGUGGUAAGGCCACGGCCCACCUUGCGUUAACAAAUUUUAAGCCAUUCCGUUACAUUUCUGCCUUUUUGUUAGAAGGUGUUGGCCUGAUUCUGGUGUUGGAGACAACCUUAGAGACCGAGAGGUGAUUCCACAUAGUGGCGUUUCUCCCUAAAAAUACUAUGCACUUAGGUGGUCUGGGCAAUACCUGGCAGAAGAUAAAGCAACAUCUCUGCUGUUGGCGGCAGCGGAACUCCUCAUUCCUGAAACCCUAGCUCCGGUACAGAUGUUCCUCUCAGAAGAGGAUGAACGCUGCUUGGCCUGAGUUUUGCAGCAUGGA